AUGUUGCGGGCCAUGCAAUGCCAGAGCUGCCUGCCCUGGGGCAGCUGGACACAGCUGCGUCGAUCCCUGCCAGGGAGCAGGGGGACCCGGAGUGUGUAUCUGUGUGCUGCUUCAGAACCAGGCACAAGAGGUGGCUACUGCCUCAGGAAGAUCCUUCGUGCAAGUGGCAUCUCCCUACCGAGGGGCUGUGUUCGCUACCAGGGAGGGUCCCAGGAGCACUCUGUCCAGCCCAGCUCCUCCCGCCAUGGCCUGUCCCAGCUGAGGAAUGUGGCCUCUUCUGAUGCCAUCAAGAAACACCAGAAGAGUCUAUCUGCAUGGUUCAGCCACCAGCCCAAUGAGGAGAGGCAGUUUGGCCCUUCCUUCUCGCUGGAUGCAGUCCAUGUGGACCCAGUGAUCCGAGAGAGCUCCCUGGAGGAGAUCCUGAAGCCCUCACCUGACCUAACUAUCCAGAACCAGCUCCAGCAGCCCUGCAGACAGGUUAUCAGCCUCCAGAACCUUUUUGAUGUGGAUGCCUGUGGGCGGCAGGUGAAAAAUGUGGUGCUGUAUGGCACCGUGGGCACAGGGAAGAGCACCCUCAUCAAGAAGAUGGUGGUUGACUGGUGCCAUGGUCGCCUGCCCCGCUUUGAGUUGGUCAUUCCCUUCUCCUGUGAGGACCUGUCUCAUAGUCAUGCCCCCAUUUCCUUGCGGCGCCUCAUAACCAAGAAGUACCAGCACCUCCGGGAUGUGGUGCCAACACUGGGUGCUUCCAACCUCAAGGUGCUUUUCAUCCUCAAUGGUCUGGAGCGCCUCAACUUGGACUUCCGUCUGGCUGGCACGGAGCUGUGCUGCGACCCAAAUGAGCCUGUGACUCCCUCUGCCAUCGUGGUCAACCUGCUGCGGAAAUACCUCCUGCCAGAGGCCAGCAUCAUUGUCACCACGCGCCCAUCGGCAGUGCGCCGGAUCCCUGGCAAGUAUGUGGGACGCUACGCCGAGAUUUGUGGCUUCCCUGACACCAACUUGCAGAAGUUGUACUUCCAGAUGCGUCUCAGCCAGCCUGGCUGCAGUGGAGAGGGCAGUGCAGGUAGCAGCUCAGGUGAGCAGGAAAACUUGGUGGAGAUGCUGUCGAGGAACUUGGAGCGCCACAACCAAAUAGCUGCUGCCUGCUUCUUGCCCUCUUACUGCUGGCUAGUGUGCACCACGCUGCACUUCCUCUACUUCACCAGGACGGUGCCUCCCAGCCAGACUCUGACUGGCAUCUACACCAGCUUCCUGAGGCUCAACUUUAGCGGGGAGGUGCUGGACAGCACCGACCCCACCAACAUUUCCAUGAUGAAGUAUGUGGCCAAGAUGGUGGGCAAGCUGGCUUAUGAAGGGGUGAUGUCCCGCAAGACCUGCUUCUCAGAGGAUGACCUGCAGCAGUGCUUUGAGGUGGAGAUGAAGACUGAAAGUGAGCUCAAUCUCCUGGAGGUCUUUCGCAGCGAUGUCUUCAGCUUCUUCCUCACUCCAUGUGUGCAGCCAGGCAAAGAGCAUACCUUUGUCUUCACCAUCCCUGCUAUGCAGGAGUACCUGGCAGCCCUGUAUGUCGUGCUGGGUGAGAAGAAGACCCUAGCACAGAGAGUGGGGAAGGAGCUGUCAGAAGUCAUUGGGAAGGUGAGUGAAGAUGUCGCUGUUGUUCUGAGUAUCAUCUCCAAGGUGCUACCCUUGCGCUUCCUGCCAGUGCUCUUCAACCUGCUCAAAAUCUUUCCUCGCUACUUCUCCCGGCUGAGUGGUAAGGACCGAGAUGCUAUUGCCCACACCAUGGCAGAGGAGCUGUUCAAAGAGGAGGACUACUACAACGAUGAUGUCCUGGACCAGAUCAAUUCCAGCAUCCUAGGCGUGGAGGGCCCCAUGCGCCAUCCUGAUGAGGCCCCUGAUGAUGAAGUCUUUGAGCUCUUCCCCAUCUUCAUGGGUGGGAUACUGUCCCGCCGUAACCGUGCCAUCCUUGAGCAGCUGGGCUGCUCCAUCAAGAACCUGGCAGCCUUUGAGAUUGCCAAGGCCAUGAAGAAGACAGUCAUCGGGAACAGCCGCAAGGGGCUGCCCCCCUCCGAGCUGAUGGAUUACCUCUUCUUCCUGCAUGAGUUCCAGAGCGAGCGCUUCACAGCUGAGGCCAUCCGUUCCCUACAGACUGUCAACCUCUCAUCUGUCAAGAUGACCCCUCUCAAGUGCUCUGUCCUGGCAUCUGUCAUGGGCACCACGUGCCACGAGGUGGAGGAGUUGAACCUGACCUCCUGCAACCUUGACACAAGCAGCUUGAAGAUCCUCUUCCCUGUCCUGCUGCGAUGCAAAGCUCUCCAUCUGCAGCUCAACAGCCUGGGCUCUGAUGCCUGCAAGGAAAUCCGCAACCUGCUCCUGCAUGACAAGUGUGUGGUGAGCAACCUGCGGCUGGCAAAUAACCCGGUGGGUGAGCAGGGGGCACAAUACCUGGCCGAGGCACUGGCAGGCAACCAGUCGCUGACCCAUUUGUCCCUGCUGCACACCGCGCUGGGGGACCGGGGCGCCGAGGUCAUUGCUCAGCACCUGGCUGAGAACCAGCACCUCCAGGAGCUCAACCUGGGCUACAACUCCCUGACGGACACAGCUGCCCUGCACGUGGUGGAGGUUGCCAAAAAGCACGCGACGCUGGACAAAGUGCAUCUGUACUUCAACGAUAUCAGUGAGGAUGGCAAGCGGGCACUUCACAGCCUGCGGAUGGACCGGGACGGCGUCAGGGCACUGGUCUUCCUUACAGCAGGCACCGAUGUCUCUGACUACUGGUCCAAUAUCCUGAACGUGGUGCAGAAGAACCUGCCUUUCUGGGACCGCGAGCGCGUUCGGCAGCACCUUGCCCUCAUCCUGCAGGACCUAGAAAGCAGCCGAAGACAGACUGCCAACCCUUGGAGGAAAGCCAAGUUCCUACGAGUCGAGAGUGAGGUCAAGAAGAUGCUGGGGAAACUGCAGCACGGGACCCUCUAACCUGCUG